AAUUUUACACUUUUCUUUUCUCCCUCUCUUGAUUUCUUUUAUCCAAAACAUCUCCUUAACACUGCGAAGGGAAACCCAAUAUCAAGAUAGUUACAGCAAAUGACGUGAAAAAGUUCUUUCCCUUUCUUUUUGAUAAAAAUCGAAAAAAGAAAAAGAAAAACCUAAACUUUAGCCACUUAAGAAGGUGGGGUUAAAAUGACAAUCCGAAGAUAAUUUUUUUCUUGUUUUCGAACUUUAAAAAACACUGCUUUCGUGAAACAUGCUGUUUUCCACUUCAACAAGGUGGAGGUUUCUAAUUCGAUGUAGUGCAGGUAAGACUUUAUAGAACCAAGGAAUGUUCUAUUGAAUUUUUUUUUUCAGGGUUAGACUAUUUUUCUCAGUUAUAUAAAGGGAAUUUCAAUGAUAUGGUAGGCAUACCAGAAAUUUUGGGGUUUAGUAUUUAGUCUAUGAUGAUAGGUAAGAUAAUGCAGAGCUUGAAAAUAAUCUAUGACAAGUAGGACCAACUAUAACGACUAUUAUUCUCAGGGUUAAUGAAGGAUAAUCGUUGGUUCUUAUUUAACUGUUUGUUCUGUUUCAUUCGAGGCCUAGAUGAAUGUGAUGAAUUUUCAUUUAGUCUUUUGAUGCAUUGCAGUGCAGGGGAGAAGAUUAGAAGAUAUUGAUUGGAGUGUGUGGAUCAAAUUUUGUCUCUGUGAUCCAUUCAUGCACACUGUGUUGCAUUGAUUUGUUGAAAAUUAGAUAGAAGAUGGAGACAGGGGAAAGCAACAGCAGUAACCAAAGGUGUGAAGUGUCGAAGGUUUCUUCAUGGUAUAGUCAAUUCAGAAAUGUUUCAAACCCUUGGUUGGCAAGAUAUGUGUAUGCUUUGAUCUUCCUAGUGGCCAAUCUGUUGGCAUGGGCUGCACGUGAUGAACUUUCUAGCCUUACUGCUUUAACUCAACUGAAGGGUGUAAAGGGAUGCAAGGUUGGAAAAGACUGUUUGGGUGCAGAUGGUGUUCUACGUGUGAGCAUGGGUUGCUUUUUGUUUUAUAUGAUAAUGUUCUGGUCAACUGCUGGUACUUCUAAAUUGAAGGAAGGCAGAGAUGAAUGGCACUCAGGAUGGUGGAUAGUCAAGACUGUUCUGUUGAUCCUUGUGACAAUAUUCCCAUUUUUACUCCCUUCUGAGUUGAUUGAGCUCUAUGGUGAGAUUGCACAUUUUGGUGCCGGGGUUUUCCUCCUAAUUCAACUAAUAAGCAUAAUCAGCUUCAUUACGUGGUUGACUGAUUGUUUUGGCUCUGAAAAAUAUGCAGAAAGAUGGUAUGAAAAUUGUAAUUAC